CGAUCUUCUGGAAAACCAGUUUUCGAGAAGAUCGGUUCUUGAAGGCCUAUCAGCAGCAUUCAUGGUGAUAUUCGGAAUCAGCAUCGUCGACUACCUAUAGUCCACUCGGUUUCGUUGAAAAAGCGAUUUAUCAGUUAGGGCACUUCCCUCGUAAGAUUGAAUAAUUCAGCAGUAGUAGAAAUAUUGAACACAAAUCUUUGUUGUUAAGUCAUGGCCUAGGUUUUCGGUCGGCUUAAUUCUUUAUUUUAAUUCUUUGAAGAGUAAUCCUUCGAAUUACCAGGAUCAUAUAGACAUGGGUACAUCAAACAACACCAGUACUCACUUUCGGCAGAAUUUAACGUUCAGUUGGACUGAAAUAUAUAUUUAUUCAAUUUUCAAGCGAAUCUUUUGAGUACGACGGACAGGUAUCGCCAUGAUAUGAAUAGUAGAUAAUAUCAAUCUAUGUGCUGCUAUUCAUUAGUUGUAUCUUGUAGCUAUAACAUCUUCGACGCUAUCCUUGUGUUGUUCUCUCAUUGAGAACAAAAGACUCUUGAUUUUAUGGUUAGGUCAAAUGGUUAGUCCCCAACACCUUUUCAAGUCAUGGUGAGUUGCCAAGAUGAAUACUAAAAUAUUGAAACGAAAGCUACAUGUUUGGUUAAAAUAAAACUAUAGCAACUAGAAUUGGUUAGAAAAACAAAUGAAAUGAAAAAUUAUUAUCCAGGUUUUCGAUCUAGAAAAGUAUUUGCAAGUCAAAAUAAUAUGAUAUUUGCAGCCAGCAAGAAAAACUGUGCUGAAUAAUGCAUUUUUGCAUGUUUUUGUUUCCCACUUUCUAUGAAAAGAUUUUUGUCUUAGGAUAAAGUAGUUUCAGAAAUCGACAGCAAAAUUAUUGUGUCAAAAUUUAGCUGCUUAAGAAACUAAGACUGAAAAUUUCCAGGAAAAUAGUGCGUGUUCAGUUAAAUCAAUUUGAUCAAUUUUUCAUUCUAACUAUGAAUAAUGUUUAAAAACUUGGGUUUAUGGGUAAAUUUGGACGCUUUAUCCAAUAAGAUCAUAAAAAAUCGCUUUAUUUUUUGACUGUGUUAUGAGUACUUUGCGUGAUGCUUCGUAUCCCUUACAAAUCCUCCCUUCAGAUAUCCCUAAAGAACAAAAAAGUAGAGUAUCAUGAACAUUGUUACAAAAGAAUGGUUCAAUCUGUCGAAUGAAAUUAUUUUCUGGGCUUCUGAAGUUUUUUGAAAAAACCUGAAAAAUUUUAGGCGCUCAUCCGAAAAACCUGGCAAGUAUCUUGAUUUUUUUACUCUCACCGCUGGUUAAUAAAAUAUAGUUUUUACUAUACUUUAAUUUGUACAAUUAUUAUUAGCAACUAAACGUUUCGACGUUUACCAACGUCUUCGUCCGUAGCAUAAUUUUAGAAAAACUUGACAAUAACAUUAAAAUAACACACGUCUGUAGUUCGAUGUUAAAUCUACAGUUAUGACCCAUAACGAACAAUUUACUUCUAAGCAUAACGGGUCAUGCAAAAGCUUUGUCCCUUUUUUGUUUACUCCAUAUCUCAGUCCUGAAGCAUGGUGUAAACUUAAUUCUUUUUCCAUUAGAAAGAGCAGAAAUAUAUAAGAACAGUGUCCACCAAUCAGUUGGAAAAGGAGAUAUUAGUUUUCAAAGACAAGCCGUCAAUAACUUAUCUGUAAAGGCGAAAUAUUUCCCUCCUGCACUGGAGAGUCAAUUACUAUCACUUUAAAUACGGUUUUCCAGUGUACAUACAGGACAAGAGGAGAAUUUAAGAAGAAAACUCUGGUAUGAUUUUUAAAGUAGAAAAUGUCUGGAAAAGUGAUGACAUUAGUGUGAAAUUAUUCAACACUCUGAUCAUUCUAAAUUAGAACAGUUUAUUUCUGUGAUGGAAACAUAUUUCAUUGAUAUUCCGUACAUCAAAUGAAAGCUCUUUGAAUGUACUAUCAUGAUGACUGUGAAUAGGAUAGAAACUAUUGACUUCAAGUAGUGGAGUACAUAAGAGGAAAAAGCGGACUUCAGGACUUCGAAGUCCCCUGAAGUCUUGAAGUCCACUGGAGCCUAUUGAAAUCUCAUGAAGUCUGCUGGAGUGGCUUAAAAUAACCUUCUGUGACUAAAAAUAGCUAGUAGUUUUGUUCUUCUUCGAAGAUGAGCAAUCAAAAGAAGACUUUUAUUCGAAACGAUGCUAUAUUCUAUAUACUCAUAUACUCAGCUUCUGCCUAAGCCCUCAUCCCCCCUCAGAAACAUAUAACUUUUUAUAAAAAGUCGAUAUUGAGCUAAACAUAUCCUCAGAUAGCCAACAGUACCUACUAUCAGAAUGUAACGUUAUUUGGUCCUCAUCGAAGAGGUAUGAAGGAUUUUAGAAAAGUUUUCUGAAGCCUUAAAAAGGCUGACUUUCGAAACAAAUUUACUUUCUGGUAAGAAAGCAGAUCUAAAAAUACUUUCAAAAACAUUAGAAAAUAGAGUAAACAUUUUUGAUCAAAAUGAGAUAUCUCCCAGCUCUGAAUGAUGUUCUAAUCAAGAGUUAUGAGAGUUUCACUGGAAGCCCUAAAGCUUGCAUCAGAUACUGGCGCUUCCAUAUCUCGAAAGCGACUUUCACCUUAACACCGUUUCGUAGCUGCAGGAUUUCUCAGUAACGAAACGUCGAAGAGAGGUCCAGAAGCUCUUAAACUGAAGUUAACACAUGUGGCUAGAGGCUAAUAGAGCCCGAUUUUUGAUAUUCGCUGUGGAUUUGUGGUUAGAAAAAUAAUAAAAAAUGAAAUCUUUAUGGAAGUGCAAGUUAGUGAGAUCUUUUCGCAAAUUGGACCUUUGACGCUGAUCUUAAUUUGAAAAGUGAAAUAUCAAAAAUCUGGCUGCAGACGUGUGUUAUUUUAAUUUCGCUGUCAAGUUUUUCUAAAAGUUAUGCUACGGAUGAAGACGUUGGUAAACGUAGAAACGUUUAGCUGCUGAAAAUAAUGAUUAUUUGAAUAAAAAUUUAGUAAAAACUAUAUGUAAUUAACAACUUGUGCUAUAUUCGUAUCGGAAUAAUCCAAUAAAAUUUGUAAAGAUGACAACUGUAUUGAAGUAUCAAUUAUUGAAAAAUUUACAACAUGUGUAAAACGGCUUUCGAAAACUCUUUUGUUCAUAGCAGAGGUUUCUCAAAACUUUCCAAAACACAUGAAAUAGGCGUAUUUUAGUCUUUUAUUUCAUGACACUUAUACAUGACUUUGCGCAGCUAUUUUCAAAGAAAUGCAAAAGUAGACUUUGAUCAACAUUGUCACGAUUUCUUUUCUUUUUCUUUUGAAAGCUUAUAUAGGUAGGUCAUCCAGCAUUGAAGAAAAUGGGAGCUCGACAAGGUUAUUCACUUUUGAACGGCCUAGCAUUUUUACCAUUCUGUUUUUUCGGUAUAAGUGGAUUAUUAGUAUCAGUUAUAGCUACUGUAUCUAUCAAUCCAAUUCUUGUGUUUAUUGGUGUUGUUAUAUGUGUAGAUACUUUAUCCAUUACUCCGAAACGACAUUAUCCGGCAUUUUUAAUCGGACUUAUGCCUGUCAUAGCCGAUUGGGCUAAUGGUACGAUAGCGAAUGGAGUGGCGUCAGCAUAUUCAAAAUCAAAUAUGACAUUCAGUCAAGCACAAUCGUCUAUUACUGGUUUCAACUACCAAGGAUUAGUAAAUUUUAGUGGUGGUGCCCUAUUACAAUGCAUUUUCUUGACAGCUAUUAUGAUGUAUAUAAUUGAUCGAAAGUUUAUUUAUGCUUGCGUUUGGAGUUUACUAGCGGGUCUAUUUGCAUUUUUCGGUUUAAUCAAUGCCAGUGGUGUUGGUGUUUUGUAUCGAAAAGACGAUUAUGGAUGGAAAUUUACAACUGGAUAUACAAUGUUAGCUGUACUAUUUCUUGGAUUUGAAUUUUGUCAACGGCGUCAGUGGAUUGAACAACCCGUUAGUGAACCAGAUGAUUUAUCCUCGCUUGAAUGGGCUGAAUGGAAUAGGCAACAACAACAACAGACGAAUAAUACUAAUCAAGAUGAAGAAUUAAAAACAAAAUUUCAAACUUUUUUUUGA